AUUUGAUUGUGGUUUUGAUUAAUUUAACCUUUCUUCCCGACAUGCCGUCAAACGGUAACGAGAAAAAGAACUACAACUCUAUGAUGGAAAUUUUGAAUGUUGUUGUGUGCGAAGGUCUCCGGAAAGUAUUCAAACAGGAAUGGGACAAACAUUAUGGUACAAGCAAAGGCCUAUGGGACGACACGUGUAUAUCUGGUAACGAAUUAUAUAACAUGGAGAAGCCAAGAUCGCAUGCUAAACCAUACCUAAAUUCGUAUCAAUCUGGGAAGAGAAGUGAAUGGGAUAUGUCUGCUUUGUCGGAUGCCAUUCUAUUUUCCAACGCACUUAAGAAACACUUGGCCCCACAUGUUUCGAACAAGGUUGAUGAAUUGAGAGUCCUCCGAAAUCAUCUUACUCAUAAAUUUGGAUCGCAACAUAAAAUGCCUGAUGCUGCUUUUAACAACGCUUGUAGGAAAGUUAAGAAUUGUUUCAAAGUAUUAAAGUUAUCCACAGCAAAUGUUGAAGGAAUUAGAAUCUCUUUAAGAGGCAACUAUGCUAUUCAUUUAACGAAGAUCAUGUACAUUUGCUUGCCCAUUUUAGUUGGUGUAUCCUAUUAUUGGUUUACGAACGCUAUUGAAGCGAAAUCACUUUUUCGAGUCCUUCCAAGCAGACCAGUUCAUUUAGUUGCGAACCGAAGUCGAACUGUUAAUGCGAUUCUCGAUGAAUUACGCAAUCUAUCUAUCAGAAAUAAUCAUGCGCUGACCUAUCUUUAUAUCUCUGGUAAUCCCGGAAGUGGCAAGUCUCAGCUUGCUAGGUUAGUUGGUCAGCGUUAUGGUAAAAGAAUCACGUUUUAUUGGCUUGGCAGCUACACUUUUGUUAUGACUUUAAAUGGAAGAUCCUUACACGAUAUCUUGGAAUCCUACGCCGAUUUCGCGCGUAGCGUGGAGUGUAAUGAAAAUAAUAUAGAGAACAUAAUAAAUUCACAAAAAACAACUACAGCGAUGAAAAUACAAAGUCUUAGAACUGAAAUUGCAAAAAUGUUGAAAAACUUCAAAAAUAGAUGCACUUGGUUAUUAAUAGCUGAUAGUGUUAUAAAGCUGGAUGAAACAUCUUCAUUUCUUCCUCAACUGGAAGAUGAAGACUGGCAAGGUGGCCAAGUGUUAAUUACCACACAAGACAUGUCAUCUGUCCCAUCAAACAGUUCUUUGACUGUCCAUAUUUCAGUUAGUCGAGGUAUGGAUCUAGUAGAGUCACGCGAGUUUCUUACAGAUUUAUCUGGACUUGUUGAAAAUCAACAUUUAUUGACCAAAGUAGCAAAGGAAUUGGAUUAUCAACCUCUUGCUUUGGCCUCCGCUGCGUUUUACGUCAAACGACUUCGAGAAAGUAAUGCAUUCUCGCAAUUUUCUUGGAAGAAUUAUUUGAAGAAACUCCAUGAAGGCAGACGCAAUCUUACUGAAAUGAAACUAACCAAAGUAAAUCAGGCAUAUUCGUUAACCAUGUCUACAGCUGUUUUAUUGGCUGUCAAAACCUUUUCAGAGGGCGAUCUUGUUUUAAAACAUGCGUUUACUUUUCUUUCGUAUGUAUCCCAUGAACCUCUGUCACUAGACAUUAUCGUAAGCUAUGUGGUUCGUGUUGAAAAAGAUACUGAUGAAGAAGAUGUCAGACUACGAAUGCGGCAAUGUUCAUUGAUCCUUGCUUCAGACAACCAAAAAUCUGUUUCAAUUUCAUUGCACCGUGUCGUAUUUGAUAGCAUUCAACUGCACAUCGCUCGUGAUUCGGAAGAAGAUAAUAAAUCGCGUGUUCCUUUAUACGUGUUCCAAUUACUUCUGGAAUAUAAAGGUGCUCUUGCUCAUGAAACUGCUCUAAUUCCUCAUUUGAGAGCAUUUAGUGUUCAAACGAAGAACCUUUCUUCAGAAAUUUUGAUUCCAGAUUCAAUCAAAAUCAAACAGGAGACUCAUGAACACCUUUUUAAUUUGACUUCAACUCUGAUAGAGUAUGGGGAAUUUCUAUUAUCAAAGAAGUACCUAAUUUUAGCGUUGAAAAUAGUAAACAGUGAACAUGAUGUGGCUAAUAUACAUCUUAAGGAAACUUCCUAUAUUUCGUUUCCAAAAAUUGGUCACAUCUUCUUAAACUUAGGAAAUGUGGAAGCCAACCUUCGGAGCACGACGAAAGCAAAAGAAUAUCAUCAACGGGCUCUGGAAAUUUUUAAAGCACAAUAUGGUAAUUCGCGGGCCUUGCUUGUUCAAACCCAAACGAAUGCAGUGAUGGUAUAAAGUACUCGAAAUUGGCCUUAAAAAUUGAUAAUCAACCACAUAUCGAGGGCAUUUACUACAUGAACCUAGGGAAACAGGAACAUGUCCAAGGUAAAUUUCUAAAAGCUAAACAAUAUGACUUACAAGCAUUGAAUAUCUUCUUCUUCAAGGCAGAAAAUGUAAAUGGAAUCCGUCCCGUACCAGUUGUUACACAUAUGGCGCUCAUAUUUACAAGUCUUGGAACGAUAGAUUUGGGUCUUGGUGAGCUUGAAGACAGUAAACGUUCUUUUGAAUGGUCUAUCAAGUUAUACCUACAAGCUAAUGGACUAAACCACCUUGGUCUUGCAGAUUCAUAUUACAACUUGGGUUUGAUACAUUUUAAAUUAAACGAAUUACCAGAAGCUGAAGAUUGUUUUAGACAUGCUCUUGAAAUCUACUAUAAACAGUUGGGACCUUCUCAUGAAAUGAUUGCCAUGGUUUCUGCAGGACUUGCAGGCGUGCUCAAAGAAGCAGGUCAGUCAAACGAAGCAGCGUACUUAGAUAAAGAAUACGGUACAUGCCGUAGGCAUGACCUUGAUUUUACCGAUUUGGUUUAUCCUUAAAGAAAGGUACAGCUGAUUACCGUGAUCCAUUCAUCACACAAUUAUUGCACGAAUUGAAGCAAAAUUUCAGCGGCAGAAAGGUCAAUCAUUUGUUGAUGGCGAAUAAUUGCUACAGUAGUCCGUGUGUUGUGACCCAAUAUCUUCACUUUCAUUAAGGAUGUCUUAGAUCUGAAAUAUUUUUACGGGAGCUAACACUUUAGAACACGCUGAGUUCAAAUCCGAAAAGUUCCCAUUCCGUACACCCGCACUUUUUUACAAAAUCUAUUUUAUCUUCACUAAUUUCACAACAAAUUUUUUCAUUGUUCCACGAUACGGAUCGAUGACGAUACACGAUUAUGUCGCUCAAAAGGACCAAUUUCUAUUAACCAUUCUUCGUUUUAACAAAAGAUCGGUUUUGCUCGAAUUAUUUUGAGUUACAUGUAUAUGCAAUCUUAUGCGUGGUGCAUGGACGUAAACAACAUAUCUUGUCUACAACUUUGAGAAACUACAGAUAACGCUUUCUAAAAUCCUCAGUUCUAGAUAUAUCUCUAUAAAAUCACAACGAUAUUAAUGCGAAGUCUUUUAGCUAUGUCACUGGCCUGAAUAACAACUCUUUUAACGCGAUCAAGAUAUUUGAAACAAAAGUAACGCGAAGCCAACGUAAAGGCAAAGACAACGCUAAAAUGAAAUAUUGUCGAAUGGUUGCAGGUAGAAGACUUACGACAGGAUCAAUCCUAUUACAUAUAGAUUACCGUUUGUAGCUUUGUACAAAAAUUUAACAUUUUGAUCCCAUGUAAGGAAUUAUUUCUCAGCCCAGAGACAUAGCACGAAGACAUGACAUUAAUUAACGUACUUGUGAUUUUAUUGAUCCAGAACUAAGGAUAUUAGAAGGAAUUAUCUGCACCUUGUCGUAGACAAGAUAUGUUGUUUACGUCCAACACGCACGAGAUUGCAUAACUGAAAAUGAUUGGAGCCAAACCUGUCUUUUGUUACAAGGAAGAAUGGUUAAUAGAAAUUGGUCCUUUUGAGUGACAUGAUCGUGUAUCGUCAUCGAUCCGUGUCGUUGACAAUGAAAAAAUUUGCUGUGAAAUUAGUGAAGAUAAAAUUAUAGCAUUUUGUGAAAAAACUGCGGGUCUACGGAGUGGAAACUUUUGGAUUUGAACUCAUCUUGUUCGAAAAAGUAUUUCUUAGUUCCGUAAAAGUAUUUCAGAUCUAAGACAUGCUUAAUGAACAUUGUCUUCUAGGCACUUUUCGAGGUCACAACACACGGACUACUAUUUUCAAACUAGCAUUUGGUUCCUGUUCGUACACAAAGUGGAUGAGCUAAGAGAUCAUCAUUAUUAUUAAUAACAACUUAAUUAAUAAACCCCUUCGAUAAUUACGUCACACAUACUUUUGGGUCUUGAAGCCUCGCUCGUUUAGUAUGUUACGCAAGGUGAUUAGCUCACGAAUCAUGAGAGCGAGGCUCCCAAGCCAAAUGACGUAAUUAUUGAAAGUGUGUAUUGGAAGACUAGUUGGAAAUAAUUACCAGUAGUGGAGAGUCAUCAAAAAAUCAUGAAGCUUUGAAGAGGAUGUCUCCUGGAGCACGAAAGAUUUCCAAACUUUGUGAUUAAUUUUACAUCUAUAAAAAUAGCAAACACCAUUUAUCCUGAUGUUAAAAUUUCAACGUGGUAGCAGAAACUUUGUCUAAUGUUUUAUAGAACAUAAUAUAAUAAAAAUAAUUAUUUCUAAUGUUCAAUAAAUUUCACUGUUUUGAGCUUUGCAUAACAGUCUUUUGCUUCUGAUGUUUGACUUUUACCUGCUGACUGACUCUUGAAAAUCUGAGCAACUUUUUCUAUGCUAACUAUUGUGGCAUCUCAUAUAUGUGAACUGAUGUGAGCUAUUGUGACAUCUCAAAUACAUGAACUGACGUAGAUGAUUGGGAAUAGUGGGAACGAAUCAGCAACAAGAAGAAUGACGCACCUAACUUUGUUGAUGGUGCUCAAAACCAGGCGUUGUCGUAUCUGGUCGCUUUUUACGCUCAGAUUUAGGAAACUGAAUCUAUAGCUAGUUCUAUUUAAGACUCGCGAAUGUUUGGAAAACAGGAAAUAUAUACAUCCUGGAUAUCUUUUUAUUACGUAUAAUAAGGAGGACCUCUUGACAGCUAUUAUGAAAUGUAUCAACCCCUAUGUUACCAUAAUGCCAUACAACUUCGCCUGCUUAUAAUACAUCGUAAAACUGAUAGUACCAUUCGACUAGGCGUAAUAAUUUCUAUUCCAUGCGGUUAGGAAGAAAUCUAAACUUUUAUGAACAAUUUUGCACAUUUCAACGCGGUCAGUAUUGUCCGAGGGCUAAAAUUUCCGAUUGCAUGAAUCGUGCGGCAUUAAAACCACCGGCAAUCGAUUCCACAUUACAUAAUGCAUGAAUUUCAUUUGGUUAUGUCAAAAGCAAGUCCUUAUAUAACGUUUUAUCUGCUAGUCCACACGCGUGCGUCACGUCAAGUCUGUUUCGUUCAAAAGUUUGAUCGGCUUACUCUGAAAUUUUUGGGCUACACUCUGGUGCAAUAAAAAAUUUCGUAUUUCCUAUAUGGUUCGAAAGAUAUUCAACCAAUGUGAGGAAAUCGAGGUAAAUUUAGAGAUUUGAAAGGUUUGUUCCCGAUUUUCCUAAAUCUUGGCUUGUGUAAUAUUUUGAUGGAAGAAAUCAUGUCAUUCAAUAGCUUAAAUCGUGGGCUUUUAAACGAUCCAUUUUAUGUUACAAGAAGGUAAAUAUUCGUUGAUAUAAACUGAAUCCGAAAUCGGAGUAUAGCAUUUUGGCUUUUUAUCUCUUGACGAAAAAGAGUUUUAAUUAUUAUUCAAAAAUUCAUUAAUAAUUCAUGAAGCAAUUAUCCAAUCUUGAGCAAGAAAUUAGUCACAUGCAUACGUCUUUAUACCAGCUAAAGAACACUUUAACAAAAGACCAUUGUUAUGCAAACUAUAUAAAGAUUUUUAUAUAAAGAUUUUUAUAUAAAGACUUUUAUAUAAAGAUUUUUAUAUAAUGAUUUUUGUAUCUGCGAAGCAGAUAUAUUGCCAUCGUGCGCGUACCGGAAGUUUGUAAGCGUGCUCAUAGCCAAUCAACGACAGCGUAUAGAUGAAAUGACGUAAUGAUAUUAAUUUCAAAAUAGCGGUUUACUGAAGGGUGAAAUAAAAGGCAAUUUGUGAAUUUACAAACAAAAAACAACGUCAUUUUACCAGUCUGAAUAUGGCAAAUGUCGAUAGUGCAUUUUUGGCAAGCAUUCGAAGGAUUUCAUCAUUUAAUACGCAGUGGAAACGAAUUAUGAAACUAUGAAAGUAAUGAUUCAUCCACAUGUUGCCGUUGUAGGUGUAUAUCGAGAUGUAAGUGUUGAUGUUUAUUUUCAUUGGUGACUUUAGUUGAAUAAUUAAAUUUAGUUAAAUAAAUUAGUUGAAUGAAACCAAUAGAAGGCUAUAUAAUUUCGUAAGGUUACAUAAUUUCUUUAUCAGUGAUCAUAACUAUAGACAAUUGGUGUCUGCUUUCAUUACAGACUUGGAUAGAUCAUUUUUAUACAAAUUUAGCAGAGUCAGAAGCUAAGUGGAUUUUUUUCCACGACAAAAUAUUAUUGCAUGGAUCUG